AUGACGACGACCGCGAGAGUGUGGAUUGGUGGUUUGCCAGUGCUGGCCUUGGGUUUGUUGGAGGCGAACGACAUCCACAACAAUGGGAUAGCGGGGUUCGGGCGCCAACCCGACAGUGACAGUGGUGCACUGCGAGAUCCACCACGGACAGACGGGUGGCUUGUACGGGCUCGGCCAGUUCAUCGACAACCGCAUCCAUUCCCACAGCAACCCCACCGCAACGAGAUCUACAACGGCCAUCAGGGUGGCGUCUUCAUCUUGGGCGAAGGCCGCGGCUUGAUCGAGCAUAACAAUAUCUAUGAACAAGAGACAAGGUCGCAGAGAGUGAACGAUGUCCACACUCUGGUGCACAGGUUACCUCCACAGAACUUCAACAUGCUAGAUAUUAUCAUCAAACACUUGACCAAUGUUGCGGCACACAGCGACAAGAACCUGAUGAGCGUGUCCAACCUGGGCGUGUGCUUUGGCCCCACCCUGCUCAGGCCGGAGGAGGAGACUGUGGCCGCCAUCAUGGACAUCAAGUUCUACAAUGUCGUUGUCGAAAUACUCAUCGAAAACUACACCAAAAUUUUCAAAAGUGACCCAGAGCCGAGCGAUGGCCCGGGUCCCCCGUCGGGAGAGAUGAUGACGUCACGUGAUCGGGACAUACAUUCCAAUUCCCCCACCUCUCCACCCCUCCAGUCACAUGUCAGGCACAAAUACCACAAUAUGCAGCAGACGCCGCCUCCUGUUACUCAUGCUGUGAUAAAAACCUACUACGACGGACCCCUCAGCUCGAGUCUACACAGUGUGAACUCGACCUCCUCGCAGCUGCGCGCCGAGUCCAUCUACGGCACAUCGCACCAGGCGCUACCCAUGCCCAACUACCAGGCGCACAUGACCCGCAUACCAGGCGGCCCAAUACCAGGCGCCAUUCACAACAACUCCUAUUCGACGGAUGCCAACUCCACCUUCCACCACUCCAGUCCGCUGCACCACCACAAAGCUCUUCCUAGUCCUUUCUACUAUACUACUAUUGGAGCCAGUUCGGAAGUACUGAACAGCACAAGCAGUUCGAACGAGUCAGUUUCGUCGCUGUCGUCACGUGACACGGUGCCGCCGCAGUCGCAUCACAAUGCGUUCAACGCUGCCGCAGCCGCAGUCGCAGUCGCAAGCGGCCUGCCGCAGAAGAGCAAGCGAGGUGCCAGUCUCGGUCUACACUAUCCGACCAGUUAUCGGCCGCCGCACGACAAUGUGAGCUUAUCAGUGACUUCGAAUUCCUACUCAAGUGGAAGAUCCAGUCCUGGAUUUUCACAGGGAAUCAGGCGAGUUCGGACAUUGUAUGCCUGCCUUGGAGAAAACGAUGGAGAACUUUCGUUUGAGCCCAAUCAAAUAAUCACAAAUGUUCGGACAUCUUUAGAACCGGGCUGGCUCGAAGGUACCCUGAAUGGUAAGACUGGUCUAGUGCCGGAGAACUAUGUGGAAGUGCUACCCUGACGAGUGUCAUAAACUCAUCAUAUCAUCAUAAACCUCAACAUAUUUAUCAUAAAAUAUCACCAUAAACCUUAUUAGUUAUCAUAAACAUCAUUAUAAACCUAAGUAAUUAUCAUAAACAUCAUCAUAGCCAUGCUAAACUAAAAACCUGGUUUUUACUAGUAGAGUUAGUUGUCGAGUAGCUGGCAUACUAAAGCCUGGUUUUCACUAGUAGAGUUGGUGGUCGAGUAACUGGAAUACUAACUCUACUCUACUUACUUGGUCGAGUAACUGUUUUCACUACAAUUGAGAAUAGUAGGUAAAGUGUGUUGUCUAGUGAACAGAUCUAACCUUAAAAUGUCAAUGAUAGUCUACUCUACUAGCUCGCGACUGUUUUCAUUAGCAUAGUAGUGGUAGAGUAGAGUGAGGAACGGUGGUGGGGGAGGCAAGUGGUAGAGUGUUAUCCCACUCUACUCUACAAAAACUAGUAAUCUACCAUGAAAGUUUUCAUUGGGAGAGUUCACAAGAUAGUUAGUACUUGCCCAGGGAACUCUACCACUAACUCUACUAAUGAAAAUAAGGCUCUCAUCACUAUUUUUGUGAAACUGCAUCAUAACCAUUGAAAAUUAUAAUAAAUUCAGCAUAAAUGUAAUAAAAAUCAUGAUAAACUCCUAAUUUCCAAGUAGGCUAUUAAUGAAGAAAGAAGAUGAUAUAAAACGCAAUUAAUGCUCCUUGUUUCAAUUUUAAAUUUAUAUUUUUAAAAGUUGAAAGAAUUGUAAAGAAAAUAUCCCGCCCAGCAUUCUGAACAGAGCAUAUCGAAGAUAUUAGACUGAAACUGUAUUGCUAUAUUCAACACAUAACAUAUAUUUGUUGCUAUUUAUAUGUUCUUCAUACUACAUUUCAAUACUAACUUAUUCUAUCAUAAUCAACAUUUACUAAAUUUUAGUUUAUGAACGGUUAAUAACUAUUUGAUAAAGACGUUUACAAUAAAUAAAAUGUGGGUGUGGUACCUUGGUAGUUUUAUAAUAUACAUGUAUAGAAAUGUCCAAAAUUUCUGAUAUACCUAGUUGCAAAACUAGGUCUAGACUAGGUCUAAACUAGUCUAGACUUCAAAAGUGUGUGUGUGUGGGAUAACUGUCAUAUAGUUAGGUCCACGUUAUAAUGGCAGUAUUUGAUUAACAUUGGUGUUGCUAUCCUUGUCUACUAUUCGACAAAACAGAUAGCACUAUCCUUUUCUAGCUCCGCAACGAUGCCAAGUCCGUUUUUAAUAAUGUAGAAAUGUAAUUAAGGCAGGCAAAUGGCAACGCUGUUUUUCUAUCUUUAUUCUCUGUCAUUAUAGCGUGGACCUCAAUGUAAUGGUAUUGAUAUUUUUAUGUAACUAGGCUAGUAAAAUAUGUAAACUUGAAGUGAAUUGCUGUUAAACAGAUUUGGUUUUUGAAAUAAAUCUUUUGAACGAACGUAAUACUGUUGGAGUGAAGGAUUUUGGAAGAAAAUUGUGAAUUUAAACUUAUUUAAUUUUGAUUCUGAUAUUUAAUUCAACUGAUUACAAAAUAUUGUUGAUUAGAAUGAAUUUCGACUUUUAUUUCGAUUUUUUGACAGAUCAACAAAAUUCAAUUCAAUUCAAUUUUAACCGAUUCAAAAAUAUUUCAUAAAUGACUAAAAUCACUAAUUUGUCAAUUUUUUAGUUCCUAUGAAUAAAAAUAUGAACUGUUCUAAUUUUUUUAGAGUAUGAAUGCAUUCAUCACAUCUAUACUACAAUAAAUCUACAUUUGGACAGUUGUAUAAAUUGGAAUUGGAACCGUUUUGGUCUUAUAAGUCUGUGGUACUUUUCUGUAAGUUGUGUAAUUCUCAAUGAUUCAAUAAAUAAAUAAAGUGAAUAACUGGCUUAUACAACUACGGGGAUAGGAAAGUUAUGUUUGACACAUCAUCACGUCUGAUCUACUGGACUGAUUAAUUUGAAAUUUUGCAUAUUGAUUCUGAAUUAACCGACGAUGGUUAUAGGCCUAUUUUCAAUUAUUCUAUAUUUCAGUUUGUCAAGUUUUAAAAUGAACCCUUGCGGAGCACGGGUUACCUGCUAGUAUUUAAUAUUAUGUUUCUUUCUAAAGUGAAAGAAUAUUUGGUCAAAUAUUUAGUUCCUAUACUCCAAAUUAAUGCUUCAAUUUAGUACAAUUUGUCAUGAUAUUUUUUCAAUUUUAGAUAUUGGAAAGAUAUUAUCAGAGUUGAAUGAUUUUAUUCAUUGUAACAACUUUUAAUAUCAGACUUUGUGUGCAGGUUGUAGAUCUAGUAUCUCUGAUUUUGUUCUUCCAUUUUUAAAGUCUUUUGUUUUUCCGUUUAAGUACAUUUUUAUUGUUGAUUUCUUAUAAUUUUUUUUUAACUAAUGACGUAUUAGCACACGAUUGAUAUUUCAUAAAAGCACAAAAUACUCUACUCGUUAUUUUUUGAAGUUAUGAAGUUACUGUAUUUUCAGUAUACUUAUAUAUUGCUUAGCUUAUAUUAUUUGUUUCCAAACUAUUGAUUUGCUGUUGUUUAUUUUAUCACUCCACUCAUUAGAAUAUCGACUCGCUUCUCAAACUUGUGCAAUACUUUUUGUAUAUUUUUUUAAUAAUUCGUUGAAUUCUCAAUAAUUUAUUUAGUUAUAAUUCUGCAAUUGUUUUUAAUUAUCAAGCUAUGAUUACCGAGGAUAAUGAAGGAAGUUUAAAGAAUCCAAAACUUGUUUUGGUUUGAAACAUGAAAAGUGAAGAUGGGUUUACAACAAAGUUAUUAACAGAAUGUUAAUAACUCAAUCCUUAUAGAUUCUAUUAGAUUGAACGGAACUUGACAAACACAUAUGUUCAUCAUGUGCAUGAUAAGUUAUGUUCAAUCUAAUAGAAUCUAUAAGGAUUAAGUUAUUAACAUUUUGUUAAUAACUUGGUGUAAACGAAGCUUAAUUGUUUACAUUUAACAUGAAGUAUAAAGUUUGAAGAAUAGUUUAAAGUUUUUAGAAUACUGUAUACUAGCGUUUGUAGAAGUAUACAAAGCUGGACAAAAUGUACACUGGAAAAUGUUUUGUAAGGUUCAGUCAGGAGAAAAUAUAAAUUAAAACCUAAUUAAUUGAAAGGAUAAAUUUAUCGCAAUAGAUCAGUUUUUUAGAGUAGUCUAGAUUUUGGCCAAUAUAUGGCAAAAAUCUAAAUUACUCUGAGAGGGCCCUGUAUUAUAUUAAUUAAUUAUUUUGAAUGGACUUCUUAUAUUAAUUAUUUUAGCACAGUUUUCAACCCUUAAUAAUUAAUAGUUACCACAAAAUAUUUUCAGCUUAUUUUGUUGUAUAAAUUAGGAAUUUAUUGUUAGUUUCAAAGUUUAUUAUAUAUUGUCUGUUUUAAUUUAUUCAUUAGUUUUUAAUAGAAUAAAAAUAUUUUUCAGUUAAGCCGCGUUACACCAAAGUUAUUAACAAAAUGUUAAUAACUUAAUCCUAAUAGAUUCUAUUAGAUUGAACAUAACCAGGACCUCCUAAAUAGGUCCUAUUUAGGAGGUCCUGACAUAAUUUAUCAUACACAUGAUGAACAUAUAUGUGUUUGUCAAGUUACGUUUGUUAAUCUAAUAGAAUAUAUAAGGAUUAGUUAGUUAUUAACAUUUUGUUGAUAACUUUGGUGUAAACCCACCUUAAGUAUUCUUCGAAAUCUUAAACUUAGCUUUGAACACUCGUUAUACCUUUAGCAACCAAAAUUACCCAAGUAUAAAGCUUGUAAUAUUUUUUGUUGAAAUAUCAUUAUUUAUUAUUAAUUUAGCAUUUAUUUAUUCCUAUCCGAUACAUUCCUAUACAUUUAGGAUAAUCCUUUAUUGUAGUGAUAUUCUUAUAAUUGUUUAGGUAUGAUUCUGUUUAUUUGAGAUGAAGUUUUUAAUUUUCUGUGAUUUGUAGAUUAUUAACAAUUCUUACUUAAUCACUGGUAGAAGUGUAUUAAAAUGUAUUUCUCGAUAGAAUUGAUUGAAAUGGAUAAAUUUAUUUAUUGUAAAUUUAGUGUAGAUCACUCCACUUCAGAAUUUAAACUAUUCUGUAAAAUAGUAACUAUGUGUAAUAUAAAGUCUCUUCUGUAAAUUCUUAGGUAGUGGAUUAAAUUACAUUUUUUAUUCUAUUUCUUGUACUUCUUGUAUAUAUUUUGAGUAUAAUGUUAGAGUAAGCUAUAACUCAUGUUACUGUGUUGAUAUAUCAGUACAAAUAAUAAUGUAUUUAUAUAAUUUUGAACUGAGGUUAUACUAUUUUGUUACUGUUUUAUUUGAUCAGUACUAAAGUAUUAAAUCUUCUCAGAUUUGUUUAUUUAUAUUUAUUUUCUGGUUGUAAUAUUUUCUAAUAUCUAAGCAUAUACUUAUAUGCUUUUGUCUGAGAUUGCAUAUAAAUGGAAUAUGAUUAAAAAAAUAUUUUUGUUGAAUUAAUAUAUUAAAGUUUGAUUUUUAUGUA